AUGGCUCCCGGUCGCCAGCCGCCCGACGGCGACGGCGGCAUCGACGCUGCAACAAGGUACAUCUUCCAUCACGUCUUUCUGCCACCCAAGCUACCACAGGAGGAUGACUUCGACGAGAAUGCGGAGGCGAAGUUGCUCUCCAAGACGAUAAGGGCUCUGACUGCUUUCAAAUUCUCCAUGCCGCCACAAAGCCGUGACGACAUCCAAAAAGCUCUCGACAUGCUCGAGAACACGGCCGCCGGCAACUCUCAAGGCAUCAGCGACACCACCUUGCAAACCCUUCUGCAAGACGUUGUCACGCGUGGUCGUGCUCUUGCCUUGCAUAUCCGUGCUCAGAAUGCGGGCGUGUUGGUCACCGCAGAUCACAAAGGCCGUAUCAGGUUCGACUUGUUCGAACUUUCACCGCAGAACCAUGCCGUCAACACCACGAGGGGGCGCCUUCAGCGCACUUUCCCUGGGGCCUCGCUGACCCUUCCCACCUGCAAAGUACAGGACGAGAAUUUCAGAGAGGCUGUGGCGCAGAUAUUAUCGAGUCUGGACAGCCAAUCUGUAUCAGGUAUGCAACCAACCGCCCGCAAGUCUGGAAGAGACCAGGUCGAGGCCAGGGAUACCGUCAACCCUGCAAUGAUCACAGAGAUCUUUGCGGGGUUUCUGUCCGCGCAUGGCGAGCCUGCUGCAACCCCAGAGAUUCACAAGUGCACUCGUGAGGAAGUUUUGUGGAAGAGUGCCAGGAGCCCUUGGCGCCGCUCUCCUCGCUGGUUGCUCAUUCGUGUCGCCCUCCAGCUUCUGAUGGGAAGAGCAACCGGAUCAGACAAUCUCUACAAGCAAGCAAUGCUGUUCAUCGAAGCCAGUAUGCUGCAGGCCGUCAUAGCCAAGUUGGGUGGGGACUCUGCUACACUGAUGAAGCAGGAUCCGUUCUCGCGCGACAUGCUGCACGCUAUGGCCACGAAGAUUGGUAGACGUUUAUUGAAGCUCGGUAACGAGGUCGAGAAGAGUGUCGUCCUUUUCGUCAGCGAGGUCACCGAACGCGCAUCUCUCAAUCUUGAGCGAGCUUGGGCAGAAGUUCGAGCCCACGAUGCACGCUCAAUCGACUUGCAACUCCUCCAAGACCUUGACUUCGAGCGUGACGCUGAGGUCAAGAUUCCACUGCUUGCAACAUUCAUCGGCAGUAUUGGCAAGCGUACUUCAGACAGCACGCGAACAACUUUCAUGCCCAAGUCGGGGCUUGUCAAUUUGUCGCCCGACGCCCUGCCCCAACUUCGCACCAACGACAAGUUUGCGAUUCCCAAUCUGCUCAUCUUCGAGAGCUGGGUAAAUGAGCAUUCUCAUACCUGGAUGACGAUUCAUCUGGACGAAGCCAAUAUCUGCCAGCGUUUGCUGGAUCUCAUGGAGAGCUACCACGACCUGGCGCUGAAGUAUUACGACUCCAAUCCCGAACUUCUUUCAGUGAUGCACCUCACAAUGGCCGAGCUAUGGUCUGUCUUGGACACAGCAGCUCUUCAUCGCCUGCCAAUGCUUCGCUCGUACCCGCCUGGGUUCAAUUACGAUUCAUUGCAGAACCUUCUUCUGACUACCAAAAGCCAAAUGGAGCGACUUGCCGAUGUUGAAAGAUAUCUUGACACCCGCCGGACUAACGCGACUUUCCAAUGGUCAAGACUUUACCUCGACAUCGAGAGCGCGAGCUCCUUCGCAGCGCGCUACUUCGGCCAGGAUCCGCGGCUGCAAGAAAAGCUUCAAGCCCUCACGAAUGCUGCCCAAGAGGCGAGAAUCAAGAAGGUGGCAGAUUUCAAACGCUUGAAGAAAACCCAUGAGGAUCUGAUACAGUAUCAUGCCACGCAUGAAUGCGAGUACUAUGAGGAGGUCGUCCGCAACCGGAGGAACACUUGGAAGGAGACGAGGCAUGAUCCUGGAUGCAAAAAGUGCGCAGCGAAGACUCGAGCCGGCCAAUUGGACAUCACGAUCCACGAAUGGCCCUUGCCCACGGAUGCCAUCAAAAUCAGAGCAAUCGUGUUUGAGCUGCUCAUGCCAGAGACUUUUGCAGCUUCACGGGAUGCUGAUGUGUUCAUGUCGCAAACCGUUCUCAAGAUGAAAACGCUUACUUUGUCCGACACAGGCAACGCAAAGCUGCUGGCCUCUGAUCCACAUCUUCAGCAUGUCACGAGAGCCACCAAGUCUCGCAUCACACUGGUUUCUCCACAGAAGGCAAAUGUUCAGUCACACUACAACCGCAUCGAGAUCUCAUCUGCUUCCGAGAACCAAGUAUGUCUUCCCAAUGGCUUCAACUACAAGUACUACGACACUACAACCAGCACAUUGGUUGGUGCGCGGGGCAAUACAGACACUGUUGCGCGAUCUCUCAUGUAUCGGCUCCCACAGCAAUCCAAAGCCCUUCAGAAGUACCUCCUCAGACCUUCUGAAUCACCAGAUGGCCCGUCACACAACAAAGUCAUCGCUGGCCAGUCGGAGUGCCCCCAUCACAUGGUGCUUGAAGAGUAUGUUCGGCUUUGCACCGUGCCACUCGGACAUUGCAUACAGUGGCUGAAUAUGCUGACCGAGUUGUCAUCACCUUCGGUCGACUACAAGAAAGAAGAGACAGCCUUAUUCUUCCUGCAAUGCAUGUACCAGGCUGGACCUCCGAGGCAAGGCACAUGUCACCGUGCUGCACACCUGUUUCUCGCAGACGAGCAGAGCGGGCUGGAACUGCUCGACAGCUUGAAAGUCGCGUUCCUCAGGGUCAAGGAGAAUUGGGAAUCCGCACAAGCACUUAGCGUCUUUGCAGCUGUGGCUUGCCGUUUGUUGCCGCUCACCAAAUCCGACAAGGUCGAGCACGAAUGCAUUAUCUUUCUGGAUACUCUCCGUACUACAGCCUUCCUUUGGGUCCAACAGCUUCGUACCAAAGCGCAGCAAGCGAGCACAGGCUCAGACCGCGCGGAGUUCCGUACGAAGAGCGCCGGCGUGGCUCUCAUCUGUGCACUUUGCGCUGAUGUAGAGCCUCAAUUCCUUGCCCGCAUUCUCCGCCAAUGCGAGGCUGCUUCGACCUUCAUACAGUGCUGCGUUGUGGUUCAAGAGUGUUCGGCUUCCAGAGGAUCUUUUCUCCAGCUCUUGAGACAUCGAUUCUCCCGGCUUCUCUAUCGAUCAAUCUCCGUACUGCAUUCGAAUGUCAAAGGCAUUAAUGCCGCCAUCCAAGGCUCUUGGUCCGCAUACCGGCCGGGAUACGGUUGGCAGGCCACUAAAGGUGGUAGCGGCCAUUGGAUCCGUUCACAGACUGGGGUUGAAGGUCAGAAUGAGCCGUUGGCUGUUCAUUACAAUCUACUGAGUGGUGAGCUGCUUGUCAAUGGCCUCACUCUUGGUCAACCCGGCGACGAAUACCAGCAGCAUACACUCUGGCGGACGCUCUUCGGUCAGGCGGUGAUCGAAGUGAUGCCUUCGAAUGUGCCGGGAAUGCCUUGUUCCAUCAAAACCAAGCAUCACGGCUACGUUGUACACUUCGGCUUACAGAAAUCUGGAUCCGUCACGGACUUGCUACUGAGAGCCUCUUCACCCAGCACCGUGUACGAACUCCUCCCGCCUCGCUUCUUCAGUGGAAAAUUUCCGGAGAGUUUCAUCAAGGACUUUGUGCACUGGUACGACAUUGCGCGCGAUGCUGUAGAGUUCCGCUCCGUCAGCGAGCCUUGGGGGCGUGCAGUCUGGGUGAUGCGUCAUGUGUCAACGUCCUCGUGGCGCUUGGAGAAAGACGGGAGUUGUGUGGUUGGGUUGGAGGCUGCCACCGCGAAGCAGAUCGCGCAUGUUUUCGCCCCUCUGGUCGAUGGGCCGUCCAUUCACUGCGUUCUCCAACGCUCCGGCGACCAGAUCGAGAUCGAGUUGCCCACCCUUCAGCUCAGCUUCUUUUUGCACCAUGGCCAGUCAUCAUUACGCUCACGCGAGUUCCGAGGCAUGUCGGUGGAUCAAGACCAGUCACUCGACACCCUUGUCGGCUUCGAGAACAAAUUGCUUCUCAGGCAUGAUACUGGUCCUCAACGAGCAGUUCUGGUUUUGGAGGGCGCGGUGGCGCACGAAGUCAGCCCUGGCCAUGUGCUCGUCCGUGCAGUGAAGCAAGGUGAAACCAGAGUCCACCAUCUGAGUGUCGAUCGUCAACUUGGUCGGCUGGUAGACAACGGAAGUCUACAAGUCAAGCUCUUCCUGGCUUACAUCCAUGCGCUGACCGCAUCUGUCUUGCCAGAUCCUCUUUUGGGGUUUAGUGGCACAGAGCAGGCCCUCAACAUCUUGAAGUCAAGCACAGUCAGAUCGUUCGAAGAACUCGCUCAAGCCAAUACCGCCAUGCUCUGUCGCAUCGCGGGUCUUUCGCCAGGGAGAGUCUACUACCCAACCCAUUUGCAGGAGAUGCAGACCGUUUCAUGGGACGCCAACUUGAGCUUCUACUGUCAGCACAACGGAUUCUCGGCAUGCGUAUCAUCUAUCCUGGACCAGGCCGAGAGCGCUACGAUCUUGCAUCAAGACUCGAAGUGGCGUCGCCCACAACUGGCGCAAGUAGACGUGCAUCUGAUGCAGCGUGAUGCAAUCCGAGCGUCCACGUUCCGCGUAUGUGGUUUCGGUGCGGAGGAUCACUCCCGACUGCUCGAUAAAUCAUACCGGGGCAGGGACAUCGCACAAUCGUCCGAGAAGGCGUCCUAUGCUCACGUGAUGUCUACUCUGGCUGGCAGCACACAAGGCGUUCGGCAUUAUAGUGGCCCAACGGCUGAACACCUCUGGAGUCUGGUCUCGGGGCUCGAUGCCCUCGAAGGGCCAGAGAAGGCUGCUCGUACGCGGACCCAGCUCUUUGACAGCAACGCGGCAUCCUUGGUGAACCACGGCUUUGACAUCCGCAGUCUCCUGGCACUUUUCAAAGCCUUUGGCAGCACCCCUGCGACUUCGAUCACCAGCCCCCAGCUGAAGACAUGGCUAUCUUUCCUGGCAGCCAGGUCCAAUCCCGACACGACAAUUCUUCAGACAUUUGCGCUUUUCCACACAGUCACAGCGCUCCGCAAUAUAAAGGUCCCCGUCUUUGACACGUGCCGCCCAGCUGAAGGACACGAAGUCACCAUGCAGGGAAUCAAUAACAUCAUCCAGUCUCACCUGGUCCCACUCGAGUCUUCACCCGAGGGUGACCUCGAGGCGGUGGCCAAGGAGAAACCGUCUGCUUUCGAAGCUCGUCAACGGAAGCUUUUCAAGGAGAAGCAGAACACGGCUGCUCAAGCAUUGGCGAAUGGGCUGUUUGCCCAGAGAACAUCGGCUUCUCCCAGCAUGCCGGACUUGCAACAUGCUCGCGUCGACGUGGGUAAGUACAUCAGGCUUGACGCUGCUCUCGCUGCUUCCAAAAAGAAGUUCCAGGUUUGGUACGACAACCGUCAACUUCUGCAGUAUUUCCAGAGGAUCGAGCAAGUAGCAAACUGCGUGAAUGCUGGCAUAAUUGGGACGCCGCAGUGGCCACGGCGAAAGGAGAUGUCAGUGUCGCGCCGGAGGCAGGGAUUCAUGUCAAAGCAGAUCCUUUUCUCGUGUCCAGCCCCAGGCUUACCAUCUCUGGUAGCGUCUCUGCCGUCGCUCAGCCUGGAUACGUUGGCGAAGAGUUCCACGAGUCGCUUGGGCCCUUUGGUAGACCGGCUACGGAAGCUCUGCAACUCCGGAUACGAGAUGCGAUACACAGAUGAGCUCGAGGCCAGCCGUAACUCCUUGACAGACUGUACCGGAGAUCAGAUGGUCCUCGAUGGCACUUUCAGCACUCAUACUGCCACUGAGUAUCUGGACAGCUGCCGCGACCAUGCUGGCAAAUUGUACGAAUGUAUCGUUGCCCACUUCGACACGGCACCUUUGGAAGCACCACGAUUCAUGAACAGCUCAAUCCUUCGCAACAGUAGGCAGUGGCCUCGAGUGUCGGCAACGUUCCUCCUCCAGCAGUUACAGCAUGGCAUUCGAGAGCAACUAAGCAACGAUUGGAAGGCGACUCUCGUACAGUAUGGCCGAGCCGUCGUUGAAGUUCACAGGGCUGAGCGCAUCUCCAAGGCCGUCUAUGCCAAUAAGCGUGAAGACCUUUUGUCUGAGCUCAGGCACGUUCCACACACCAAUUGGGAUCCAUGCGAACACCCGGAUUGGCUUCUUCUCGAAGUUGAAGCAGGCAUCACUAUUCGUGAGGUCCAGGUCGAGAUUGCCAAAGAGAUGAUGGCCCCAGAAGCACAGCAGAAUGCAGUCAUGCAGCUGAACAUGGGUGAAGGAAAGUCGUCUGUCAUCGUGCCUAUGGUUGCCUCUGCCCUUGCCGAUACCACCCAGUUGGUGAGGGUAUUGGUUGCCAAAGCACAAUCCAAGCAGAUGCAGCACACCCUGUGUUCCAAAUUGGGAGGCCUGUUGAACAGGAGAGUCUACUUCAUGCCCUUCUCCCGAUCGCUCAAACUGGACGCACGAGCAGUUUGCUCUGUGGAAGCCAUGAUGCGGGAGUGCAUGGCUGAUGGAGGCGUUGUGCUACUCCAGCCUGAAAGCAUACUCUCGUUCAAGUUGAUGUGCUUGGAGACCACCAAUGCAAGAAACCAGACCGUAGCGUUGCCACUUCUGCGCAUACAAGGUUUCUUCGACACUGUGGCGCGAGACAUUGUUGACGAGUCAGACGAGAUCUUCAGCCCGAAGUGGGAGUUGAUUUACACGAUGGGCCAGCAGAGCUCCGUAGAGCUGAGUACAAGGCGCUGGGGAUGCAUUCAGCAGGUGCUCGAAUUGGUGCGGACAUUGUCUUUGGACAUCUCGAAGCUCCCACAGUUUCUGGAGUACAAUCAUGUGGUCGAAGGCAGCUUCCCCAGGAUUCGGCUGCUGCAGCAGGAAGCCAAAGACCUUCUCGUCGCUCGUGUUGCGGACCAUGUAUGCGAGAAUGGUCUUGAUGGCUUCCCGAUCUCAAGGCAGGACGAAGCCAUACGGAAUGCAGUCAAGACGUACAUCACGAAGCCGGAUCUUGACAGCGACGAGAUAGCCCAAGUCGAGCGCGAAGAUAACCAAGGUUUCUUCCAGGAAUCUGUCAGAGGGAUUCUACUCUUGCUCCGCGGGCUCUUGGCUGGGGGCAUCAUUGGUUUUGUGUUUCAGCAGAAGCGUUGGAGGGUCAAUUACGGACUUGUGCCCUCGGAUACGCCUCGAACGAAGCUUGCUGUGCCGUACACGUCGAAGGACCAGCCAUCAGCACGCUCAGAGUUCAGCCAUCCUGAUGUGGUCAUUAUGUUGACGUCGCUCAGUUAUUACUACGGCGGUCUCACGGAUGCUGACCUCUACAUCACGCUCAGCCAUGUGAUGGACUCUGACCAAGCGGGUGCUGAAUACUCGCUUUGGCUCCAGGAUGCGCCCAAUAUGCCGCAUGAGCUCCGGCAGCUUGAGGGAAUCAACCUUCGAGAUCGCCAACAGUGCGAAGAAGUUCUCUUCCCCAACCUGCGUUAUGGCAAGUGCGUCAUCGACUAUUUUCUCUCGCACUUUGUGUUUCCCAAAGAGAUGAAGGAGUUUCCAUCCAAGCUGUCGUCAUCCGGUUGGGACAUCGGGCAGUCCAAAGGCAAAUCGACCACUGGUUUCAGCGGGACAAACGAUUCAAGGAGCCUCCUUCCAUUGGACGUGCAACAGCUGGAUCUUCCUGCACAACGGCAUACCAAUGCGCUUGUGCUGGAAUACCUCCUCCGUCCUGAGAACGCAGUCGUUACGAUGCCAAAGCGAUCAGACUACUCGGUGUCGGAUGCAGACUUCUUGCUCUCGACAACACUUCAGCAAGACCCGCCCAUCAGGGUCAUUCUUGACGCAGGAGCUCAGAUCCUGGAGCUUAAUAACCUCCAGGUCGCUUCAAGAUGGCUCGAGCUGGAAGAGAGUCUAGAAAUCAGAGCAGUUGUGUUCGUGGACGAUAAGGACGAGGUCUCAGUUCUCGAUCGCAAGGGCCGGGUUGAGCCCCUUCGCGCAUCACCAUUCGCCGUCCAGCUUGACGUUUGCCUGGUCUUUCUUGAUGAGGCGCACACGCGAGGGAUUGAUUUGAGGUUACCACAGGAUUAUCGGGCCGCAGUGACACUUGGUCCUGCUUCUCCAAAAGACAAAGUGGUCCAAGCAUGCAUGAGAAUGAGGCAGCUUGGUAAAGGCCAAUCAGUCGCAUUCUGCGUGAAUGAGGAUAUAGAGAGCAAGAUACGAUCCUACUCACGGAAGUCGAGCAACAAAGUUCUUGACGUUGAAGAUGUCAUCCUAUGGGCCAUAUCCGAGACCUUCGAAAUGACGCGCAAGAUGAUGCCAUUGUGGGCGGUGCAGGGCAAGCGUUUCCUGUGCCAACGAGCACUAUGGCUUGCUGUGCGAUCAAAAGGCAUCACGACCAUGUUGAAGGCGCAAGCUGAUGCCUUCGUCGAGGAUGAAGCUCAGUCCCUCAAUCACCGGUACAGGCCGCGAUCCAGACGAGACGGCAUUCUCCAGAUCUUGCCUGAUAGCGACGGGACGCUAGUCGACAUCAAGCAGCGUUGUGAGGAGUUCGAAGGCCUGCAACUCAACGCGAGUAUGUUGCAAGAGGAACAGGAGCGAGAGCUCGCGCCUGAGGUAGAGCAAGAGCAUCAAGUACAGCGCCCGCGUGCCGCGCAGCCAGCACCGUCGCUCCUGCAUCCAGACGUGCUGCAAUUCAUGUCGAAGGGCGAACUUCCCAGCAAACCAGAGGGUUAUAAGCCAGCGUUCGCUUCUCUGCUUCGCACGAGCGCUCGGGUGGACUUGGAAGCUUGCCAGCUCCAAUAUGACCGGGAAGCUUUUCUGGUAUCCCAGGACUUCGCCCGCACCGUCGCUGGCUCGGCCAAGAAAGAUGGCAAUCUGGACUCCUACCAACGCCCGGUUCAGUGGAUCCUUUCACGCCGCACCCCCGCGACCAACACCGUCGAUACCAUUAUGGUCGUCAGUCCAUUCGAGGCACAGCGCUUCAUGGAGAAGACGAUGGCCUCCGAGCAAGAUGAGCAAACCACACUGCACGUCUACAAAGCGCGCACCAAUGCAUCCUAUGCCCCGCUUGACAGCCUUUCUCUUCUCACCUGGCCCAGACGAGACCCGCCGCCGAAAAUCGAGCAACGACUCAUUGACCUCUUGAACUUGUUUGCCGGCCAGCUGUACUUUGCGACCAUCGGCGACUAUCACAGAGUCUGCCGGUCUGUCGACCUGGCCACCGGACCGCCGAUCGGCCAGGAGAAGCACGACCCUGACGGCUUUAUUCGCAGAGAUGCUAGUGGUAAGUUGGCUCAGCGGGGGUCACCGGUGAAGUUCUUGCAGACCUUGACAUCGACCAUUCGUAGGAACGGCACUGGAAUCAGCAGGACGCACAUGGGCAAGGUGUUGGACGGAAGGCUCUUGAUGGCGUCUGAUUUUGUGGGGCAAGGAGGACAGGACAAGGAUCGAGGGGUGACAGUUCAGUGA